CAUCAUGACAGGUGAGUCCUACUGUUGUGUUGGCAUCAUGACAGGUGAGUCCUACCGUUAUGUUGGCAUCAUGACAGGUGAGUCCUACUGUUGUGUUGGCAUCAUGACAGGUGAGUCCUACUGUUGUGUUGGCAUCAUGACAGGUGAGUCCUACCGUUAUGUUGGCAUCAUGACAGGUGAGUCCUACUGUUGUGUUGGCAUCAUGACAGGUGAGUCUUACCAUUAUGUUGGCAUCAUGACAGGUGAGUCCUACCGUUAUGUUGGCAUCAUGACAGGUGAGUCUUACUGUUGUGUUGGCAUCAUGACAGGUGAGUCCUACCGUUAUGUUUGCAUCAUGACAGGUGAGUCUUACUGUUGUGUUGGCAUCAUGACAGGUGAGUCUUACCGUUAUGUUGGCAUCAUGACAGGAGACUCCUACUGUUGUGUUGGCAUCAUGACAAGUGAGUCCUACUGUUAUGUUGGCAUCAUGACAAGUGAGUCCUACUGUUGUGUUGGCAUCAUGACAGGUGAGUUCCACUGUUGUGUUGGCAUCAUGACAGGUGAGUCCUACUGUUGUGUUGGCAUCAUGACAUUUGAGUUUUACCGUUAUGUUGGCAUCAUGACAUGUGAGUUUUACCGUUGUGUUGGCAUCAUGACAGGUGAGUUUUACUGUUGUGUUGGCAUCAUGAAAUGUGAGUUUUACCAUUGUGUUGGCAUCAUGACAGGUGAGUUUUACUGUUGUGUUGGCAUCAUGACAGGUGAGUUUUACUGUUGUGUUGGCAUCAUGACAGGUGAGUUUUACUGUUGUGUUGGCAUCAUGACAUGUGAGUUUUACCGUUGUGUUGGCAUCAUGACAGGCCCCUUCUUCCGCUUCCAGACGUACUGGGACUGGUUGCAUCAGCCCAGUCCGCUGGCGCUGCCCGGCUGGGUGCCGUGCCUGCAGCGGCUGAAGCUGGUGCCCGUGUUUGGUGCUCUGUUCCUGGCCGUCAACGCCGUCUUCCCCCUGGCCUACGUCCGCUCCGACCACUUCCUGGACCACAACUUCUUCUUCAGGUUCUUUUACAUGGUGGCAGUCUUCUUCAUGUUCAGGAUGCGCUUCUACGCCGCCUGGUGCAGUGCAGAGGCCGGCUGCAUCAGUGCCGGACUGGGCUGCUAUCCAGAAGGAGCUUGCUGCAAACCUGGCGGGGGCCCCACCGUCUGCUACAGCGCCGACGCGUCCGAAGGGGAAAAGUACAACUUUAUAACCAUCCAGAACAUUGACUGCUACAACACGGACUUCUGUGUGAAAGUGCGCCACGGCCUGCGCUAUUGGAACAUGACCGUGCAGUGGUGGCUGCGUCACUACAUCUACCCCAACGCACCCUUCAGCUCCUACACCCUCAGGGCGGCGUGGACCAUGCUGAUCAGCGCCUACUGGCACGGCCUGCACGCGGGCUACUACCUGUCCUUCCUCACCAUCCCGCUGUGCAUCGCCGCCGAGUCGGCCAUGGAGACCUCGGUGCGGGUGCGCCUGGGCCCCGCCGGCCAGGCCAUCUUCGACCGGGUGCACUGGUUCCUGAAAAUGCGGGCCUACGACUACAUGUGCAUGGGCUUCGUGCUGCUGCAGGCCUCCCACACGCUGCACUACUGGGCCUCCAUCUACUUCCUGGUGCACCUGCUGGCCCUGGCCUGCAUCCUGCUGGGCGCCGCCCUCAAGCCAGCGAGGAAGCCGGACCCUCACCACAAAACCAACUGACUUAUCUUCAUUAUCAAGCCAGGUAGGAAGCCGGACCCUCACCACAAAACCCACAGACUUCUCUUCAUUGAGCUCACGUCAACAUGACUCCUCCAGAUAUGGACUUUUACUACUCCCGUGCUUUUUUUUACACGCCAUCCCACCCGAGCAGUGCCAUUUAUUCCAAUGUUAGCAUAAUAACAUUUAGCAUGUGUCAAAUAGCAUGUACCAAGUUAUAUGACCGGGGUGCACAGCGGCAAAAUGGGCAAAAAAAAAAAAAAAAAGUUAGCACGGUUAGCAUUUGUCAAAUACCAAACGAUUUAUAUGACUGAGGUGUUCAAUGGCGAAAUCGGCUAAAAUAAAAAGUUAUUGUCAGGUUCAAACACUGAUGACAUCUAUUAAACAAGACAAAAGGCAAAGAGUCAAACAAAGACAGAAUUAAAUUUGGACUCAGAUCUGAGGAGAGACAUGGCCACUGUACUGUCAGUACAGUCCUGCACCACGCUCUUUCUCAAGAUCGUACUCCUCCUUCUUUAUUUGACUUUCUCCCCCUCCUUCCCACAACUGCUUCCUCAGGGAAGUGGGUCGUAAACAGCGUUGCCUUCGGUUCCCGAACAGUUCAAAAAGAGUUCCAUAAAAUUGUUCAAAGAGAGUGCCAUAAAAUAGUUCAAAGAGAGUCCCAUAAAAUAGUUGAAAAAGAGUUCGUAAAAAUACUUCAAAAAGAGUUCCUCUAGAAGUUGGGCAGAUCCUGUCAUCUGUCCGCUUUGAAAUCCCAGUGAAGUUUUAAGAGCCUUCUUCUUGGAAGGUUUCAGCCUUUGGUCUUCUUGUCCAGAACACAAUGUAAUACAAAGUUUUUUGUGAUAAUUUAGAAACAAUUAUUCUAACAGUUAGCAUGCAAAUGUUAGCAUGCUAACACCUCGUGUGUGUUAAGUAACAAGACACAUGGCUGAGGUUUACGGCUGCAAAAUUGCCCGGAAAAAAAAAAAAAGUUGGCACGCUAAUGUUAGCACGUGUCACGUAGCAAGGUAUGUGUCUCUGAGGAGUACAGCAGCAAAAUUGGCCCAUAAAAAGUUAUUAGAGUUAGCAUUUGUCAAAUACCAAGUGAUAUAUAUGAGGUGUACAGCUGUAAAAUAUCCCCCCCAAAAAAGUUAGCACGCUAAUGUUAGCAUGCUAACAGUUUUUAUGUGUUAAGUAGUAAGAUAUAUAGCUGAGGUUAAUGACUGCAAAAUUGCCAUACCAAAAAAAGUUAGCACGCUAAUAUAAGCAGUCUAACAGUUAGUAUGUGUUAAGUAGCAAGAAAUACGGCUGAAGUUAACGGCUGCAAAGUUGCCAAAAAAAAAUAAAAAUGUUACCAUGAUAAUGUUAGCAUGUGUCAAGUAGCAAGGUAUAUGACUGAGGAGUAUGGUGGCAAAAUGUGCAAAAAAGCAUGUAAAUAGGCUUAAAAAGUUAGCAUGUGUCGUGUACCAAGUUAUAUGACUUAGGCGUGUGGCUGUAAAUUGGCUUAAAGGUUAGCAUGUGUCAUGUACCAAGUUAGAUGACUAAGUUAUUUCGCAGCAAAAUUGACAAAAAAAGUUAGCAUGCUAACAGUUGGCACGCGCCAAGUAUCAGGUUAUAUUACUCUGAGGAGAAUAGCUGCAAAAUUAACCCCAAAAAAGUUUGAGUUAGCAUUUGUCAAAUACCAAACGAUAUAUACUGAGGUGUACGGCGGCAAAAUCAGCUAAAAAAAAAAGUUAGCACGUUAAUGUUAGCAUGCUAACAGGUAGGAUGUGUUAAGUAGCAAGCUAUAUGACUGGGAUUUACAGGUGCAAAAUUGAAAAAAACAAAAAACUAGCACGCUAAUGUUAGCAUAUGUCAAGUAGCAAGGUAAAUGACUGAGGUAUACGGCAGCAAAAUUAGCAAAAUAGUUAGAAUGAGUAUGCUAAAAGUUACAUACUAACUGUCAGCACGCUAAUGUUAGCAUGCUAACAGUAUGUGUUAAGUAGCAAGAUAUAUAACUGAGGUUUUUGCCGGCAAAAUUUGCACACAGACAAAAAAAGUUUGUAUGUUAAAAUAAUUAUGCUGAAAGUUAGCAUAUGUGAGUUAUAUGACUGAAGUGUACGGCUGUAAAAUUGAUUUGAAAAGUUAGCAUGCGUCAAUCCCCAACUUAUAUGACUUUGGUGUACGGUGGCAAAGUUGGCGGGAAAAAAGUUAGCAUGCUAACAGUUAGUAUGUGUUAAGUAGCAAGUUAUACGACUUAAGCGUAGGACUGCAAAAAGUUAGUAUGUUAAUGUAAGUAUGCUAAAAGUUAGCAUAUGUAACAUACCAAGGUUUAUGGCUACAAAAUGGGCUAAAAACACAAGUUAGCGCAGUUAGCCUUUGUCAAAUACCAGAUUAUAUAUAUGACUGAGGUGUACAAAGGUAAAAUCAGCUAAAAAUAAAAAGCUAGCUAAUGUUAGCAUGCUAACAGUUAGUGUGUGUUAAGUAGCAAGAUAAAUGGCCGAGGUUUUUGGCGGCAAAAUCGGCAAUAACAAAAAAGUUUGGCUGUUAAUAUAAGUAUGCUGAAAGUGAAGUGUAUGGCUGUAAAAUUGAUUUGGAAAGUUAGCAUGUGUCAAUCACCAUAUUUAGGUGUACGGCGGGAAAGUUGGCGAAAAAAAGUUAGCAUGCUAACAGUUAGUAUGUGUUAAGUAUAGGGGUGUAACAGUACACAAAAAUUUUGGUUCGGUACGAUGAGGUGGCGACUUGUCCAGGGUGCACCCUGCCUUCCGCCCGAUUGUAGCUGAAAUAGGCGCCAGCGCCCCCCGCGACCCCAAAAGGGAAUAAGCGGUAGAAAAUGGAUGGAUGGAUGGACGUACCUCGGUUUAGAGGUCACGGUUCGGUUCAUUUUCGGUACAGUAAGAAAACAACAAAAUAUAAAUUUUUUGGUUAAUUAUUUACCAAAUUUGUAAACAAUGGCUUGAUUCUUUUAACAUUGGGAACACUAUAAUAAUUCUGCCCACCUUAAUACACAAUAAACUGCCUCAAGUUGUUGCUCUGAUAAAAUAAAAUGACACAACUUUUCUUCUACAUAUAAAAAGUGUAACAUUAAACAGUUUCAAGUCAACUCAUCAUGCUUAAUUUAUUACAGCAUUGGGAAAGCCUGUAGUUGAUUUUUAUUAUGUAAAUGUUAUAUUUUUGUCAACAUGUGAUAGCAGGGACCCUGCCAUUCAAAACUAGGCUGCUACAUUACUAAUGAUUCAUGUAACUAUAGCUGAAAAAAUUAGUACAAUAGCAAUAGGAGAGACUAUCCCUGAACACCAUGGAGUUCAUGUAGGCUUAAUGAUGCACUUACAUUAUUAUAUACACUAUCAGAAACAGAAACUCAUCAUUUAACAUAAAGUCCUUUUUUGCUGCUUCAUCACACCGCAAUCAACACUGUCCGUAACACACACACACCACAAAAUGAGCUAACGUUACGCUAAAAGCUAACUAGCCUUCACCUCAAACAGGACUGCGAGUGAGCUGAGCUGCAGUUUGUUUCUAGAAGGUCAACGGGCUCCUAGUGAUGUUUAGAAAGUAGUUGACUAGGAAGUGUUUAGUAUAAUUUGGGGAGAGUCCGUUGCUCCCCUGCUAAAGACCGAUCUGCUCGACGCUGAAGCGCUGACUACAUGCGCUCUGAUUACGGUUACCGCUACGGUUGUAACCAAUCAGAUGGUUGUGUGGGUGGGAGAAUGUUGGGUGCUGUGCAGGAGACAGAGGCAAAACGUAGCGGAGCAGCAUGUUAAGACUUUAGCAUAGGUGGCUACUUCAUAUGGUCAUGUGGAACUCCGCACCGAACCGGAACCCCCGUACCGAAACGGUUCAAUACAAAUACACGUACCGUUACAGCCCUAGUUAAGUAGCAAGGUAUACGACGGCAAAAAAGUUAGUAUAUUAGUAUAAGUAUGCUGAACGUUAGCAUAUGUAACAUUCCAAGUUAUAUUACCAUGGUGAACGGCUGCGAAAUUGGCAAAAAAUAAAUAAAUAAGUUAGCACGCUUAUGUUAGCAAGUAGCAAGGUGACUAAGGGGUACGGCUGGAAAAUUAGUUAAAAAGUUAGCAUUUUAGUAUUCGUACGCUAAAAGUUAGCAUUUGUAGCGUACCAAGUUAUAUUACUGAAGUGUAUGGCUGUAAAUUGGCUUAAAAAGUUAGCAUGUGUCAUGUACCAGGUUGUAUGACUUACAAACCCCGUUUCCAUAUGAGUUGGGAAAUUGUUUUGGAUGUAAAUAUAAACGGAAUACAAUGAUUUGCAAAUCCUUUUCAACUCAUAUUCAGUUGAAUAUGCUACAAAGACAACAUAUUUGAUGUUCAAACUGAUAAACAUUUUUUUUUGUGCAAAUAAUCAUUCACUUUAGAAUUUGAUGCCAGCAACACGUGACAAAGAAGUUGGGAAAGGUGGCAAUAAAUACAGAUAAAGUUCAGGAAUGCUAAUCAAACACUAAUUUGGAACAUUCCACAGGUGUGCAGGCUAAUUGGGAACAGGUGGGUGCCAUGAUUGGGUAUAAAAGCAGCUUCCAUGAAAUGCUAAGUAACUCACAAACAAGGAUGGGGUGAGGGCCACCACUUUGUAAGCAAAUGCGUGAGCAAAUUGUUGAACAGUUUAAGAAAAACCUUUCUCAUCCAGCUAUUGCAAGGAAUUUAGGGAUUUCACCAUCUACGGUCCAUAAUAUCAUCAAAGGGUUCAGAGAAUGUGGAGAAAUCACUCCACGUAAGCCGCUAAACCCGUGACCUUCGAUCCCUCAGGCUGUACUGCAUCAACAAGCGACAUCAGUGUGUAAAGGAUAUCACCACACGGGCUCAGGAACACUUCAGAAACCCACUGUCAGUAACCACAGUUGGUCGCUACAUCUGUAAGUGCAAGUUAAAACUCUCCUAUGCCACUGGGUGUGAGUUUUCCUUGCCCUUUUGGUGGUUCUUCCGAGGAUGUUGUAGUCGUAAUGAUUUGUGCAGUCCUUUGAGACAUUUGUGAUUUGGGGCUAUAUAAAUAAACAUUGAUUGAUUGAUUGAUAUGCAAGGCGAAAACCGUUAAUCAACAACACCCAGAAACGCCGUCUGCUUCGCUGGGCCUGAGCUCACCUAAGAUGGACUAAUACAAAGUGGAAAAGUGUUCUGUGGUCUGACGACCCACAUUUCAAAUUGUUUUUGUAAACUGUGGACGUUGUGUCGUUUGGACCAAAAAGGAAAAGAACCAUUUAGAUUGUUAUAAGCGCAAAAUUGAAAAGCCAGCAUCUGUGAUGGUAUGGGGGUGUAUUAGUGCCCAAGGCAUGGGUAACUUACACAUCUCUUUUGGAGCAACAUAUGUUGUCAUCCAAGCAACGUUAUCAUGGACGCCCCUGCUUAUUUCAGCAAGACAGUGCCAAGCCAGAUGUUACAACGGCGUGGUUUCGUAGUAAAAAAGUGCGGGUACUAGACUGGCCUGCCUGUAGUCCAGACCUGUCUCCCGUUGAAAAUGUGUGGCGCAUUAUGAAGCCUAAAACACCACAACGGAGACCCCCAGACUGUUGAACAACUUAAGCUGUACAUAAAGUAAGAAUGGGGAAGAAUUCCACCUGAGAAGCUUAAAAAAUGUGUCUCCUCAGUUCCCAAACGUUUACUGAGUGUUGUUAAAAGGAAAGGUGGUGAACAUGCCCUUUCCCAACUACUUUGGCAUGUGUUGCAGCCAUGAAAUUCCAAGUUAAUUAUUAUUUGCAAAAAAAAAAACAAGUUUAUGAGUUUGGACAUCAAAUAUGUUGUCUUUGUAGUGCAUUCAACUGAAUAUGGGUUGAAAAUUAUUUGCAAAUCAUUAUAUUCCGUUUAUAUUUACAUCUAACACAAUUUCCCAACUCAUAUGGAAACGGGGUUUGUAAGUGUAUGGCUUAAAAAGUUAGUAUGUCUCAGGUACCAAGUUGUACUUGUACGUAGUAAUUGUGGACUUCCUGGUUUCCACUCAGCCCCCGUCCCCCUUGUGAAAUAUGUCACAUGGUCCACAGGAAGUUGCAUCAUUUACCAGAAUAAAAGUUCCCUUUUUUUUUUUUUGCAUAUGUGCCAUAUUUCAAUGUUGACUGAGGAUUUGAAUCCCCGCGCAGUCCUGUUACCUGUGUUGUUUUUGACAGUGUUUUAUUUUGAAAAUCCCACCUUUGAGGGAGUUUGCUAAAUGUUAUAUUGUUGUGCUAAAAACUCACCUGAGUCCACAAGUCGUAAAAAAGUGACGUUUUAUUUUGAAAGUUGCAACAUUGGAACGGCACUGCUCGGGUGGAAAGUUGCUUCAUUGUUGUCCUAAAGUGAUGUUUGACACCUCUCUGUCCCGCAAUGCAAAGCUGUUGCCUAGCAACCAUAAAGCACUUUCUUACAUUUCACAA